AUGGCUACUGCGGUAACUGCUGCAGUCUCCUUUCCUGCAUCCAAGUCCACCUCUGUUCCAAGCAGAACCUCUAUCACUGCCCCAGAUAGAAUAGUCUUCAAGAAGGUAUCGUUACAAUACGGAGAUGUUUCAAUCAGUGGAAGAGUAGUUUCGGUCAGAGCCCAAGUCACCACAGAGGCACCUGCUAAGGUUGAAAAGGAAUCCAAGAAACAAGAUGAAGGUGUGAUUGUGAACAAGUUCAAACCCAAGGAACCGUAUAUUGGUAGGUGUCUUCUCAACACAAAGAUCACUGGGGAUGAUGCACCUGGAGAAACUUGGCACAUGGUCUUCAGCACUGAGGGAGAAGUUCCUUACAGAGAAGGACAAUCAAUCGGGGUAAUUGCUGAUGGGGUUGACAAGAAUGGCAAGCCUCACAAACUGAGACUCUAUUCUAUUGCCAGCAGUGCCCUUGGUGAUUUUGGAGAUUCCAAAACUGUUUCUUUAUGCGUGAAACGUCUUGUGUACACAAAUGAAAACGGAGAACUUGUCAAGGGAGUUUGCUCAAAUUACUUAUGUGACUUGAAGCCAGGAGCUGAGGUAAAGAUUACUGGACCUGUUGGUAAAGAAAUGCUUAUGCCAAAAGAUCCUAAUGCCACCGUCAUCAUGUUGGCCACUGGAACUGGAAUUGCCCCAUUUCGCUCAUUUUUAUGGAAAAUGUUCUUCGAGAAGCAUGAUGAUUACAAGUUCAAUGGUUUGGCAUGGCUAUUCUUGGGUGUCCCUACAAGCAGCUCACUACUUUAUAAGGAGGAAUUUGAAAAAAUGAAGGAGAAAGCACCAGAAAACUUCAGACUUGACUUUGCUGUGAGCAGAGAGCAAACAAACGAAAAGGGAGAAAAGAUGUACAUUCAAACAAGAAUGGCUCAAUAUGCAGAAGAGUUAUGGGAAUUACUGAAGAAAGAUAACACUUUUGUCUACAUGUGUGGAUUGAAAGGAAUGGAAAAGGGAAUCGAUGACAUAAUGGUUUCAUUGGCCGCAAAAGAUGGUAUCGAUUGGAUUGAUUACAAGAAGCAAUUGAAGAAAGCAGAACAAUGGAAUGUGGAAGUAUACUAA